AUGGCCGAUCGGAGCGGUAGCGGAGGAUGGCCCGCCGACGCGUGGCGGUCUCCGAGUCCCCAUCGUGGGGCACCGGACGGUCACCUGGUCCCUAUGUGGGAGAGGCGGUUUUGCAGCGAGGCUUGCGGCAUCCCGUGGGAGCGCCUAUGUGCGAUCCAGCGGUGGAUGACCGGCGACAUGCAGGAGCGGGUGAUGCGGUGGGACGACUCCGCCGUGGCGGAGGCUUUCCGCAACGCCAAGGCCAGGUACUGCGCUCGCUACCACGGCCGGCCCUGCUGCAUCCCCCUUCCCGACCCGGAUAUGUACAUCGAUGACGUCGACCACGACGCCUUCGGCGAUCCUGAGCUGAUCGCCGACCUAGAGAAGCCGCCGCCGAAGUAUAGCGAGCUGGACUACCCUGCCGCCGCCUCGACUACCGGCGGUAUGGUUCUUCUUGAAGACAUCCGUCCGACCGGGUGGGACGAGGUGCCCGAGCCUAAUCCCUUGAACCGCGGUGGAGUUGCCGACGCUUGGGAUCACUCGACCGGGUGGGACGAAGUGCCGGCGCCUAAUCUCUUGAACCGUGAUGGAUUUGUCGACGCGUUGAAUCAGGGCGAUCCAAGGAGGAGUAGCGGUCCCGAAAGAUCCGAUUUUGUUGCUCAAGACAACAGGAGAAAUGCCCAAUGGGAUACCUGGGAGGAAAAAAAUAGGACUUUUGAUCGAGGUAGAAGAAAUGGAAGAAAAAGGGAGGGAGGUGAUCGCUGGGGGCCGAGACAUAUCAGACCCCAUUACAAAUCGAACAGCGAGCCUUGGGGAAACUGCAGAGGAGGUGGAAGGCAAAAGAGUGGUGCUUUUGCUGUUUAA